AUGGUGUUUGCAACAGCCCCAUCCAACAGGCAUCGCCAUACUUGGGAGUUCAGUAUCAGUUUUAUUACGAGAAAACAGCUACUAAAAAGCCUGACCAUGGUGAUUCUAUGUCCGAGUGCCCCGGCCGCCCGGGCUUCGGGUCAAGACGAACUAAAGGAAAGGUCAGAGGCAGUUCAGUCCUCCCGUGAUCUGAGCCCCAACAGCUUAAAGACCCACGCGGCCACCGGGUCUGUCAACCAACUUGACCAGGGUCCGGGCAGCGAGCAGCCGCUGGGGACUCGGCUCUGCCAACUUGGUCCCGUUAACUCGGCGUUACCGGCUUCCCACCCGAGCUCUGGGCAGGAACGCGCGCUGGGACGCGGACCCGGGGAGGGUCCGGGCCCGUCCAGACCCGGACAGCGACACCACGCACCGAUCGGCCGCGGCCGGAGGAUCCCGAGAGGGGACAGCGGCGCGGUCCCGGGACGCUGCGAAUCCAAGGCGCCGCCGCCCACUCGAGAGUGUCGGGUCCGCGGGGCUCCGGUUCCGGGGCUGCGGCCGUCGGUCCGUCCGUCCGGGCACCGGCGCUGGGGAGCAGGCGACGCGUCUUUACCGUCAGAUCCGCCGGCUGCCGCCGUCCGCUGCUCCAGCUCCCGCACUAUUGUUUCCGUCGCCCCGCGGCCGCGGCAGCGCAGACGGCACCGCUCCGCCCCGCCCCCGCCGCCAGAGCCACCGCGAGCGGCCCGCUGGGAGAGCAGCGCUGAGCCCGCCCGAGUUCACCCAGCCACCAGCGGCAGCAGCCAACCAAGCCGCGUCCCGCCCGCACCCCGGAGGCGCCAGUCCGCGCCGCUCCCGCGCUCGCCCCGCCGCUCGCGCGCCCCUUCGUGUGGAGCGCACAUGGACCAGUCCGUCCCGCCUCCUUCCCGGGAGUGGGAACCCGGCCCCGGCCGGGUUGGGAAAGGCCCACCGCGAGGCGCGGGGCUCCGGGUGCGAGAAGGGCACCCACUGGCGUGGGCAGCGAACGCUUUGAAACCAGGAGACCGAACCAAGUUCCCUGAACGUCCAGCUUUGGAGGAGAAACAGGAAACUCUGCUCUCAUUUGCAGCCUUGAGCUGCCUAACCCUUUAUCACAGUUCGUUAGAAACCAACCAGGGACUUGAACACAGGGCUGCUGAGGAAUCCAGAAGAAAGAAGUUGACUGGUUUAACACAAAGAAAUCAUAAGUGUUUCAGGAGAUAGUACAGGGAGGAGAGACACAAAGGGAAGAAUGUUCCUUGCCUUCAGGUGACAAGUCACCAGACAACUAGGAGCUACAUCUGGACCCAAGUGAGAGGACAGAGCCCCACCCAAGACAGACUGGAUGGAAUUUUGAAGUGCCUCUUCCAGAAAAGGGGGUAGCCUCAAAGGACUGUUGAGAAAGAAAAUUGUCCCAGUAGACAGGAAUUCAAUUUGUCUUACUGAGAGAGCCUGAGUUUUCAGAAAAAGAAGAAGUGAAGUAUCUGACAGGUCAAGGGG